GAGGUGGGUGGUAGCAGCACUGGAGGUUAGGGUGUACACUUUAGACAUCAACUGUUCACACAGUCCAAUUACGAACGCGGUCUUCUCUUGAAGAUACCCAGAGAGAUACCUCGCAACACUUUGGCGGAGUACAGACCUGCCGGACCUGCCAUAGCUGGACCAAGGCAUUGGACCUAGUAACCGCACCGGUACAGCUGGGAGGAUAGUGAGAGAGAGUAGACUACUGCCGUCUCCAUCCUCCUCUCUGGGACCUGCUUGGCCCAAUGAUGCUGGUGCUGUGGACAGCUGUUCUGUUGGGUUUGAGCAGGUGGUGUCGAGUAGCAGCAGCAUCUCCCGGUGGUGACCCCUGGGCCCAGUGUCCAUCCAGACAGUGUAAGGCCACGUUUGGAGAUGGGUCAUGUGAUAAAGACUGCACCGAGCCUGAGUGUCUGAGAGACGGGUUCGACUGUCUGAGGGACAAAGGACACUGCAACUCAGGCCACAUCCACUACUGCCGAGACCACUAUGCCAACUCUUACUGUGACCAGGGCUGUGAAAGCGCCGCCUGUGGCUGGGACGGGAGUGACUGUUACAGGCACCACAGCCCUCUGUGGGCUAAGGGCACCCUGCUCCUGCACACCCACGUCCCCCUGCAACACGGCACAUUUUCCAACAGUUCCCUUCUCUGGGCCCUCAGCACCCUCCUGCAGACGCCCCUCAAAUUGCGCGGCAUGGUGUCCCUUGACGCCAGCAAGGACCUCUUCACCUUUAAUCCCCAGCAGCUCGAGAACCUGCUGGCUCAAGCUUCCUCGGAUGACUCAAAUGGCUCUCUCCUAUUCCUGCAAGUGGAUAACAGGCCGUGCUCCCGUCUUCCUUCUACCUGUUUCCCGUACGCCAUUGAAGCAGCUAACUUCCUGCGGGCUGCUACGUCGCCGACUCGUGUGUCGGUCCCCUCUCACCCAGAAUUAAAAGCCAUUAUUAGUGUAAGAGGAGUUGGGGAGGAAAUAGGGGGGAGAGAGGAGGACCCAGUUGAGGAAAAAGAGGAAACUAAUGGAGCAACACCUCCAUGGCUAUGGGCUGUGAUCGGCGUGGCAACGGGCCUGGUACUGGCUUUGGUCUUGAUGGUUGUCUUGGCGAUCAGAAGGGUGAGACGACGACGAGUGGAGAGGGAGGGAGGAGAGAGGGUUAGGCACAGAUCCACUGUCACUGAGAAUGACAGCGGAGCCAAUGUGGCCAAGGCAUGGGUACAGCACACACCCCACCGAGAGCAGAGGGGCAGGACAGGGAGAGAGAAAGACAGGAAUGGGAUAAAGAAGAAGAAAGCAAAGGAGGCUGAGAAGAAAAGACGCAGAGAUCCACUGGGGGAGGAUGCCAUUCGACUGCGGCCCCUGAAAAAGGACCUGGAUAUUGGAAGUGACACUGACUUUACACAGAGCUCUAUGGAGGACAUCAACAGGUCCAUCUGUGACCACCGGACGCAAGAGCAGAAGCACUACCGCAGCCCCCCCGAGCCACCCACAAUCACCCACACAACCUCCCCUUUUAGCUCCCCCAAGAGGAUGGGAGAGAAAUGCUGUCCCGUCGACACAUCACAGAACACCCAAUCAAUCUGGUUCGGUUCAGUGGUGUGGUCCAGAUGGGUCAGUUGUCCUGAUUCGUGCAGUCCGGAGUGGGCUUGACCGUGUGGUUCUGGAGCUGCUACGAGCUGGGGUGCCGGUCAACAACACCGACCACACUGCACCCCUGCUGCCCCCCUCUCAAACCGAUACAGAAGUUAAUGUGCCCUAGUGCCCAGGCAGUGUGGAUGUACCAUAUUAGCCUUCCUUGCUCUUCUCUCUCUCUCUCUCUCUCACACACACACCAUCUCUCUCCCUCUCGGGCUAAUUCCCUAGUCCCUCACCAUCAUUUGCAUUCUCAUUUCCUCCCUUUCAAAAUCUCCCUCUUCCCCGUCUUUCACCCUUUGGGCUUGACUCUGUUGUAUAAUGUUUGUUCACUGGCUGACUUCCUCCCUCUCUUUCUGUACUGAACUCCCACCUUCCUUCCCUCACCUUCCUCCACUGUAAAUGCACUCUCUCUCCCAGGGAGAUCAGCCCUCCACUGGGCAUCCUCAGUUAACCACCUCUCCUUGACAAGAACCCUCACUCGCUACGGUGCUGCUGUGGACCUACAGGACAACAAGGGUGAGACUGCUCUGUUCCUCUCCGCCCUCCACGGUUGCUACGACACCUCCC